AUGACUCAAGAAUCAACAAUCCAACUAUCACUACCCGAAGGUUAUACAUUCAGAAAAUUAAAAUUAACAGACUAUUCAAACAAUUACAUAGAAACGUUGAAAGUGCUAACAACUGUUGGUAAUAUAUCGGAAGAAAAUUUUAAUAAACUAUUUCAAGAAUGGAGUCAAAAUUCCCAUAUCUAUCAACCUCAUGUUAUAUUAAAUAAAGAAGGUGUAGUGGUCUCAACAGGGAUGCUAUUGCUAGAAUCAAAGUUAAUACAUGAAUGUGGUAAAAUUGGACACAUUGAGGAUAUAUCAGUUGCAAAAGAAGAGCAAGGUAAAAAAUUAGGUAAUUACAUGGUUAAAAGUCUAGCAUCUUUAGCUGAACAAGCCGGUUGCUAUAAAGUGAUUUUAGAUUGCCUGGAUCAUAAUGUUGGGUUUUAUGAGAAAUGUGGAUUUGAAGUGGGAGGUGUAGAAAUGGUUCAUAGAUUUUUUAGAUAUUAG